AUGACUUGCAACGGCGUGCUGAUGAGAUCGAUUAAAUUGGCAGACUGCGAAGUCCACGCUGCAAAAAUGAUGCCGAAAAUGCUGAUGGACGUGACGUUGUCGACAGAUGCCGCUGCUAGGCAAAGUGUCGGGAUGUCCUUGCCAAUCCGUUUUUCCUGGAAACUCAACAUGCUUGGCACUACAACAGCUGUCGAAACUGCCGACAACACGAACCCGAGCAUGAAAGCGUGGCUCCAGGGGAAACCCAGCAGGAAUUUCGCAGUAACGGCGACUGUUGACGCCUCUGCCAAAUUCGGCAAGAGUGACAGCGCCAAAACUGUGCCGGGCAUUUGUUUCAGGGUUUUGGGUUGCAAUCCGAGUCCGGCUCGGGUCAGGAUGAUGAGCAAGGCGAAUGUUCGGAAAUCUGAAGGAAGGGCACGCAUUGUGAAGAGAAAUAAAAGAUAUGUUGGAGGGACUGCGAUUUCGGAUCGCUCAAAACACCCUUAUUUGGCAAGGGUUAAUGUUGCAACAACUGUGAAUGGAGUGGAAUCCGUUCAACCUCAUGUUGCUGGCACUUUGAUUUCAUCAAGGCAUGUUUUGACAAGUGCGUAUCAAGUACAUCCCGAAGAACUGGGGAAAAUCCCAGCGAAUUUCCUAGUCGUUGUUCUCGGUGACGUUGAUUCAAAUAUUGUGGAAGUCACUGAACAGAUUUUCAAUGUUGAAAUCCCGUCAGUCAUAUUUCAUCCGAUGUACAAUCACAUGAAAGGCAAAGCGUACGAAAUUGGUCUGAAUAAUUUGGCAGUUCUGCCGCUGAAUCAAGACGUGGCGAGAAAUGAGUUCGUUUACCCGAUUCUCGUGGACUUGAACAUUGGGAAUUAUCAAGAUUAUGAUUACGAUUACGUGGGCAUUGGUCGUUACUUCAUGAGUGAAGCAGAGCUUCAAGGAGGAGGAUCUUGUCCUUUGAAUUACUUUUACAAGGAAUACACUGUGUGCUAUGACAUGCCUUCGGCAAGGACUUCCUGCUCAGACAAGGCGGACAUUGGGAGCCCUGUUCUAUCGAGAAACAACCGGUACGAUAUUAUGCUGUCUAUGUAUCAAUCGCCAAUUUGCAAAGAUGGGGAGCAAACCACGAAUGUCAUCUUUACUUCAACCAUGGGCGCAACGACACAUAAAUUCUUUGUUUGUAAAUACGCGGAGGAUUGCGUCGGUUUAGAGAGGGCAGUGAUGAAAAUAAUGAGCAAGUUGCAACGACGUCGACGAUGUCGAAGAAUUCCCGUGGGCGCCAGCAAUGACCCGACACGACCUGACUCGUAUUUAAAGCCGACUUUGAGACGGGUUCGUUGUUCUUUCGUGAUUGCUGUGAUUGCCUUGAUGGUAUCAUCAGCUGCUGCUUCAGCACUUAAAGGUCAUAAUCAUCAUCAUCAGCAAGAUGAGCAGGAACAUUCACAAAAAUUCAGUCUCUCUAAAGACCCUGAUGUUGAGGAAGAGGAAAUCCAAGCUCCACCACAAACAUUCUACCAUUCUUUCAAGUUGACUGAGCCGUAUGAAUUUGCUUUUGCCGUCAACGAUGACAGCUUGACCAAUUAUCAGCAAAGGCAAGAGAUCAGUGAUGGAAAGGUCAUCAAGGGGUCGUAUCAGGUCGUGGACCCUGAUGGUUUCAUCAGAAAAGUUGUCUACACAGCCGAUGCCAUAAAUGGCUUCGAGGCUAAGGUCAGUCGUGAACCCACUGACAUCAAGAUCGUGUUCCCUGAACCCCGACCAGAAGACCAGCAACAACCAGAAGCAGAGAUUUCUUUGCCAAAGCAGAAACACAGCAGCCACCAACACGUGCCUUCUGCUGAAAAGCGUCGUCCUUCCUAUUACGAAGAACCCAGGCCACAACAGAAUGAGCAGCCCAGCGACUAUGACCGACCCAGGUCAUCGAAAAAGACCAAGUCCCGUAAGGUCGUCAAGUCAGAACAAUACUUUGACUUGGACGGCUCCAACAAGGGCCUUUUCAUCCCGAUCCGACACGAUGAAGAACAAGGAUCAAACUGA